UUUGGUUUCAUUUCAUUCGCCGGUUCUCGGAAGCCGACCGACCAUGUUUUUGAAAUAUUUUGCCGACUAGUUGGAGUUAAGUUUCAAGUAGACUCAAAAUUAUUGCUAAGUAUACUUUUUAUUGAAAAUGGGGCUUGACCAGUAUAAAGUGGAUGUGCUCCACUACAUUAAUCCCUACUUAAUAUGGGUGGUAGUUCACAAAGAAGGGGAGGAAGAUAAGUUUUUCUUCGAACAAAUUGGAAUAUAUGGGAUUAUGCCUCAAAAUGUAACUAUUGGAGAUGAUUGCGUGGUGAAAACUGAGUCUUGCUCUACGUGGAUGCCAGCAGCAGUUAUUCCUAUGAAGAAAGCAUUGCGAGAAGCCGCCGAGGUUUGGUUUUCUCCAACCUACAUCGACAAAAAAACAUCCAUUUUCGAAGACAAUAUUCACAAGUAUGGAGAGCUGACAGUUAUUCUUAAAGACGGUAAAGAGGUCAACAUACUCAAUGAAAUUGUCGACACUGGCUUCGGAUUUGAAGACGAGUGUCUUUUCCACAAGGAAUUGCGGGACAACCAACUUGAUACUAGACUCGAAUACCUAACCGUACACGAAGUGAUUAAGCAAAUAGAAGAGGGCUAUAAAUCUCGAAAAAUACCGAAGGAUAUAUGGCUAGAAGUCUUAAAAAGCCAAACGUUCGUACUACAAGAAGCUAAGAUGAUAGAAACCAGUCUAGCUUCUAGAAAACUUCAUAUAACUGAUGGCCGCAAUAUGGAAACUGUUCUUAAAAACAAGCUUAACGCUUUGAAGCUUUGCAAAGAUGUGGACGAGGAUUCCGCUGGAAUAGCCAGCACCUUUAGGAGUUCUAGACCAUCUAGCGUAGUUAGUGUAGCUAUGAAAAAGAAGUUGGACUGGUUACGAUCGCAGAAAAUUGAAAACCGAAAAGUACAGACAGUUGAUGACAGUACCAAGGACAAAAGUGAUUUUGAUGACCAAGUUGAUAAUCCAAAACCUGCAAACAAGGUUUUAUUUGAAGGAGAUGGUAACAAUAAUCAUGAGACCAAGCUAGCGUCAUCAGGCAAAAAACAGCAGUGGCAACCUACAGAAGAGAAUUUCAUAGCCAUUGGUCCAGCAGGCCUUCCUUUAAAAAAGUUUUCACGUAUGUUAAAACCUCAAAAGGAAGAAGAUUUACAAGCUUCUGUCAAUAAGAAGGUAGAAGAAAGAAAACCAGAAAUUGAAGUAGAAGAAGAAAAAAAUCCAGAUGUGUAUGCAAACACAGACUCUGAGGUAAACUUGAAAAUAACUAAUUUGGAUAUUUUAAAGAAAAUUAAAGCACAAAAUGUUUUGCCUAAUGAUGAAAAAUGUGACAGUAAAACUGCUAGUCAAAAUAGUGCAUUGACUGCUUUGAGACGUAAAAUUAAAUAUCUCGGAGAAAAAAAAGCUAAAAUGAAUGACAGUCUAUCUUCGAUUUCUGAUAAAGAUAGUUCCAAAUGUGAUUUAGAGUCUGACGCUGAAAGUUUGACUGCACUAGAAGAAGAAUUCAGUCGUAAUAGGUCAAAAAAAGUUGUUAACUCCGAACCAGAACCGGAAAAUUUUGAUGUAGAAGUAAAUAAAUGGAAUGUUAACCCGUUUAGAAACUUAGACGGUAGUAUCUCAAUAUUCGUUGACAAGUUAGUCAGUCCUGUUUUGAUGGUACAUACUAAGAAAAAUAACCGCAUACAACCAGUUAGUAAUAUGAGGGAUAUUCCUUUUGGUGACGAUAUUCAUAUGGUACUUAAGAAUAUGGGUAUUGAGAAGCCGAUGAGACCUCAAACAGUUUCCUGGCCUACCAUAAUGCGUGGGCACAGUUUCUUCCUAAUCGGUCCUUAUAACAGUGGUAGUACUAUGGGCUAUUUACCAGCAGUAUGCCGGUUAGUCAGCGAUUACAAGAACAUGCCCAACAAUUUCGGUCUGAGCUGCAUCAUAGUUUGCGCGACCUCUCACUCUGUGACAAACGUGGAAACUGUCUGCAAAAUGUUCUUACACAGAGCGAAGAUUCUCGCUUGCUUCGCUGGCAUGAGCGACCUUGAUAUUACCACCUCACUUUUGAAUGGAUGCGAUAUUCUCAUCUGCACCCCUACUAUGCUAGUCCGUCUGAUACAGGAUGAUUUUAGUCUCGAUCUUCAUAACUUGUCCACUUUUGUCGUCGACGAUUGUGAACGUGUAUCCAAAGUUUAUACAAAAGAGCUUAAGUUUUGCCUUCUUAAGGUUAUGGAUAUCGUUAAAAGUCGAGCUAAUAAAGAGUGGAAAGUUCAGUAUGUAAUAGUUUCGAGGGUAUGGUGUGAUUUUAUGGCAACUCUUGCUAGGAAAGCACCAGAUUCCGUGAUAUGCAUCAGCGCAUUCGAAGAGUGUGUCCCUUAUACUAAAGUACCUACUUCAGUUGAAUUUGUUAAACAAGAGACUAAAGUAGAGGCAGUUAUCAACUUUUUGAAAGACAUUGAUAGGUCGAAAAUGACUGUGAUAGUUUGUAGAACUGACGACGAAGUCAAAUUACUCGUAAAUACUUUGACGAAAUUGAAGUAUGUAGUGUUUUCCUGUGAUAGCACAAUGACGGUGCAAGAUUUGUAUAAUUUAGAUAAAGCCUUGAAAGAUUAUGAAGAGCCCGUUUCUGGGCCUGUUUUGGUUUGCCUUGACGGGAAUUUGACCCACUUAAACGUAACGGACGCUGUCUAUUUGAUUCAUUAUUCAUUGCCCAGUCUAUAUUCUAUGUUCUGCAAAAGAUUUGCUGUAUUGAUUGAUAAUUAUCCUUCCGUAUUUAAAGACGAAAAGACCAAGAUAAAAAUUAAAAUAUUGCUCGACGAUACUAAUAUAGAACAAUUGCCAAAGAUUCUUCAUUUUAUCAAAAGAUGUACAAAUAAUGUAUCACCAGUAUUAAAUGAGAUAAGCUCAACAGUUUUAUCCGAAAAGAAUCUGAAGAAAGCUCAAAACUUUGUGCCAAUUUGCAAAAAACUUUUGUCACUAGGUAAAUGUCCAGAUUUUUGGAACUGUAUGGAAAGACAUGCUAUAUUUAAAGAUUACGACACGCCUAAGGCUUGGAUGCCGAAAGAAGGUACUAUUAUCUUCCAAAUACUGCACUAUCACUCAGCUAUAUAUUAUUCUGCUAGAAUAACAUCUUGCAUCACUAAAACGAAUACCGUAAAAUACGCACAAACUUAUAGCUUGUUGUCUUUCAAAAUGGGUAUGUACUUCAGUAAAGAAGAGAAUAGGAGGCUGUACGGCGUUCCUAAAGUAGGAGACAUAUGCGCGGUUACCUUAAAACAGAAUCUGUUUGCUCGUUGUCAGAUCGCUAAAGUAUUAAAAACCACAAACAACAGACCCACUCUUUUACUAGUUAAACUUAUCGACGAAGAAAGGUACGAAAUAGCUCGCGACACCUGGCUCUACUGUUUGCCAGAUGAAUUAAAGGGUAUAGAAACCCACGUUGUUACUGUCAUACUGGCUAAUCUUAUACCUCAGGAUAAAGACGUAACAUUCUCCAAGCUAGCUGAGUACCAGUUAAAAAAAAUUACUGAGGAAAAGGAAGACCUCUAUAUGAGGGGUCAAAUAACUAUGGUCGUAGGUAACGUAAUUUUAGUAGAUACACUGGAAGCGUGUCAGAAUUUGUCAUCCUUAGAAGAAGUGGUUGUCUAUUGUGAUUUUCGAAAGGAACUCUUGGAUAAUCACGCUAUGCAAAAUCCUGAUCAUAUUAAAAACUUACGUAAAAUAUGCGAUUAUGCUUGUGAGGAGAUUAAAGAAGAACCCAUUCGCAUUGAAGAGCCAAAUCCUAUUAAAAUAUUGCCUAAACCAAGAUGGGCACAUUUGGAGAGCGGACAAUUUUCUUCAGUGUUCUUUGUGGAUGCUGAGAGCCCAUGGAAAUUCUUUGUGAGGCCAGUUAAAUUUGACUCGUGUUUAAACACCUUAGUAAGUGAUAUUAAGCAAUAUGUUAAUGAAAAUCCCGAGCCUGUAGAAAACUUAAAUGUUGGAGAUAUAGUUAUAGCUGAACUGCCUGGUGACGCCACUUAUGAAAGAGCCAGGAUAGACAGUGAAGUUAAAAAUGGUAAAGUCAAAUGUUUCUUUGUUGAUCAAGCUGAAUCGAGUGACGUUUCUGUUAACAAAAUACUGCCGAUCACUGAAAAACUCAUUACGCGAUUACCAUUCCAAGCUAUAGAGUGUAGGUUAAUAGGCAUUCAACCAUUCGGUGAUAGUUGGACGGACUUUAGCACCAACUUCUUUGUAGAUUCGUGUUUCGAUUCGCUCGAUAAACACAAACAAUUGUACACUAAAUAUUUCACUAAAGAAAAAGCUGAAUUUACUGAAGGUCACAAAUACGGCGUUGUCCUAAUAGACACGUAUUCCACAGAAGAUGUUAUUAUAAACCAGAUGUUGGUCGAUAAAAAUUUGGCUGAGGAAAACGAAGAAUUUGAACUGCUACACAAUUUAGGUUUUGAAAGAAAGUCAGAAGAAUCGUCUGAUUCUGAUUCUGAUGACGCACCGGAGCAGAAAAAUGUGUCUCUAGUAAGACCAGCAAUAACAUCUCCUAGUAGUGUAUAUGACAAACUGAAUACUAUGCGAGCAACUGAGCAGAAAAAUGUGGCUUUACCUCCAAUUAGGACAGUAAUAACUUCUGAAGUAAAUAACAAACCUAAUUCCAUGAAACCCUCAAACAAUAUUAUAAGAUCAGUUCCAUUAGUAGGAUCGGACGAUGAUUCCGAUGAAUUUGAACUGGUUUCUGAUGAUAAAGGGAAACUAUCUUCUAUCCCUUUAGCCGAAGUUGUGGGCAUAAAAGAACUUCCAGAAACGGAAUGGAAUGAUAAUACUUUAGCUGCCCCUAUAGAAGAGACACAGAAAGAACGAACGAAAGACAGAACAGAAAUUAAAUUAAACAAUAAUCCUAUUUUAAAAACAGAAAAUAUUAAGACUGACGAACUUAGCAAACCCAAAUUGCUUUGGUGCCAAAACAAUAAUACGGUUACAAUAAAAAUCAAAAUAAUAGUUGAUGAGUAUGACCUUGUAAUUAAAGAAAGGUAUAUAAAGUUUUCAGCUGACGCAAAUGAUACAAAAUACGGUUUCGAUUUUGAGUUGUAUGGAGUUGUGAGUUUGAAUAAAUCUUGUCAUUCAAAUAAAGGUCAGUACAUACUAGUGAAGCUCUGGAAAGUAUUAGCAAGUAACUGGCUGUCUUUAACAAGGGAUGUAGCCAUCAAAAAAUGGAUAGCUUAUGACAUAGAGAACAUAGAAGUUACUUCCGAUGAAGAAUCAGUUAUUCUAGAUGACAGAAAAAAAAUGUUGCCUGAUCAAAUUGAUAGUGACAGCGAUGAUAACUUGGAGGAUGAUAUUACUUUUUCCUAUUAACCGAGGGAGUCGUGGUGGCCUAGUACGCAAAGAACCAACUUAUCUUGUAUAAGUACCAAUGCAACUUUUCUAAGUUUGUAUGUACUUUCCAAAUAUAUCUUAGACACCAAUGACUGUGUUUC